AUGACAUGCACUUCCACCACGGACGAUGGCUUCGCUGAGGCGAUACAGCGCUAUGCCACCGAAACCAGAAAACGCUUGCGUGCUGACGGAGUCAACCAAUACGCUGAUAUUGCCCUGUCGGACAAACUCAAGUAUCUAGCCGGAGACCCGGCAAUACGCAGCGAGGAGGACUGCAAGAACAAUCCCUACAUCUGGCAGAUACCACCGGUCGAGAACGGUGGCAAGGCCCGGGUGGUGAUUAUCGGUGCUGGUUUUGGAGCACUGCUCUACGCGGUGCGACUGAUCCAAACCGCAGGAUUUCUCGCCGAUGACUUUGUCUUGAUAGACUCCGCAUGGGGGUUCGGUGGUACCUGGUACUGGAAUCGGUACCCUGGUCUCAUGUGUGAUGUGGAAAGCUCCGUCUAUAUGCCUCUGCUGGAAGAGACUGGGUACAUUCCCAAGCACCGCUACUCGUAUGGUCCGGAGUUGAGACAAUAUGCCGAGCUAUUAGCUGAAAAAUAUGGCUUCAAGACACGGGCCCUAUUCGGCUGCACUGUCACAGAAACAGUCUGGAGUGAAGACCAGUGCCGGUGGACAACAACCCUCGUCCGGAAGCAUCCUCUCCAGCAUACAGAAGAGACUUAUCAGGUCCGUUCCGACUUUAUUAUUCUAGCAUCAGGGCCACUGAAUCGCCCGAAAGUUCCACGCCUGACCAGCCUCGACUCACAUACCGGACACAUGUUCCACACUUCACGCUGGGAUUAUGCUGUUACUGGUGGAUCGCUUGAGGACCCAGCUCUAAAUCUGCUUAAGAGAAAAGAAGUUGCUUUACUAGGGACGGGGGCCACAGGGGUCCAGCUCGUCCCGCAACUAGCCCGGUGGGCGGGAAAAUUGUUUGUUUUUCAGCGGACGCCGUCCGCGGUGGAUGUACGCGGACAGCAGAAUAUAUCCCCUGAAGAAUGGCACCGGGAUGUUACUCAUGGACAAAAGCACUGGCAGCAGGAUAGGAGAGAUAAUAUGGCAGCAUUCCUUUCUGGAGGUGGGAAACGCCCUGCGAGAAAUCUUGUGAAUGACGGAUGGACGCAGUUUCCGUCCGUAUCAGGCUGGGUUGGAAGCCCGGCCACAGAAUCUCUGACUGCUGCAAAUGUGGCGGAGUAUGUUGACGACCUGAAUCGGCUAGACUUGCCACGACAGCAGCGAAUUCGCCAGAGGGUCGACCGAGUUAUCCACGAUCCGGUAGACGCAGAAAGUCUCAGUUCAACUCUGUGGAAGGGCUCAGCAUUCGGCUUCGGAGCAUUUCGAGGACCAAAGAUAUCACCUGGCAGAUCGCUUCAAAAUAGGACAGUUCCCCUGGUGUUGAGCCUUCGUGGCGCGGGACUUCCGGCUGCUUCAGUGCCAUAG